AUGUGGAAUUACAACGAGUAUAAGGAUGUGAUUGAGGAUGGUGAUGUGGUGUUAAUAUGGGUUUCACGGGAUAACGUUAAACCAAUCAAGAUUUCCAGUGGGGGGGUUUUUAAUACUAGGUAUGGGUCCUUUAAGCACGAUGAGAUGAUUGGGAAGGAGUAUGGGUCGCAGAUAGCGGUUCGCACGAAAAGUAGUAAACGGUUUGGGUUUAUCCAUGUGUUGCAGGCGACUCCAGAGUUGUGGACGCAGUCUUUACCCCAUCGGACACAAAUUGUGUAUACUCCGGACUCGUCGUAUAUUAUGCAGCGGUUGAAGUGUGGGCCUCUGUCGCGGGUGAUUGAAGCGGGGACUGGUUCAGGAUCGUUUUCUCAUGCGUUUGCGAGGAGUGCUGGACGGGUGUUCAGUUAUGAAUUUCACGAGGUUCGGUAUGAACAGGCGUUGAAGGAAUUUCAAGAGCAUGGAUUGGUUGUGGGUGGUAAUGUGACAGUGACACAUAGAGAUGUAUGCCAGGGUGGAUUCGAGAUUAGAUGCGGGGAUAAGACGUCGUAUGAGUUUGGCAAGGGGGCCGAGGGGGGAGAGCUGGUCGAGUUGAGGGCCAAUUGUAUCUUUUUGGAUCUUCCAGCCCCAUGGGAUGCCAUUCCUCAUCUUGGGGCAGUGAUUGCUCGAGAUGAGAGGGUGGGAAUGUGUUGCUUUUCUCCGUGCAUUGAACAAGUAGACAAGACCUUGGAAGUACUGGAAAAGUACGGAUGGGGUGAUGUAGAGAUGGUGGAAAUACAGGGACGGCAGUAUGAAUCACGUCGACAAAUGGUUAGACGGUUGGAUGAUGCACUAGAGCGGUUGCGAGACGUAAAGAAACGCAAGCAGCAAGGUGUGGAAAGACGUAAGAGACUAUGUGAACAAUUGGUCUCUGGAGAAGAAAUUGACGGCGACGUCAGGCCGUCCACAUUGAAGACCGGUUACAAUCCAUUUGGAAAGGGUUCUAGGGUUAAAGAAGGCGAUGGAAAGUUUGAGUGGAAGCAAGUAGCAAAGAUCGAAUCGGAGAUCAAAUCUCAUACCUCGUAUUUGACGUUUGCGUUUAAAAUCGUUGACAAAACGAGGGACGAGAAACAGGCACAUGAGGUUUUAGAGGAAUUUAAAGACUUCAAUCCAAACGUUAAAGCUACAAGUAAGAGACAGGAAAAAAGACAAGUGCAGCAAUCAGUUUCUCCUGAGAUAUCCAGUACUAAGCUUGUAAAAACCUCUCAGAAAUAG